AUGCCACCCAUCCUCCAGUGCCUGCAACAGUCCACCUCGAUGAUGAGCCGCAGGAAAUUCCUCCUACUGGUACUAGGGUGCAGCACGAUAAGCCUCCUCAUCCACCAGGGGUCGCAGCUCAGUUGCCCAUGCCCGUCCACUUUUGCACACUGGCCACAUUUGGUCCCCCAACAUCGCCGCACCUCUGCAUUUUCUCUUCCCACACACCCUGGGCUUUGCAGGUACCCCAAGUUGUUCCCUCUGAGCUGCCCGCCUCUGCGAGAAUCGCCACCCCGUGCCAAGCACACGGCCGUGGCCUUCCUGAAGACUCACAAGACAGCGGGUACCACGGUGCAGAACAUCCUGUUCCGCUUCGCCGAGCGCCACAACCUCACGGUGGCCCUGCCUCAUCCGAGCUGCGAGCACCAGUUCUGCUACCCGCGCAACUUCUCGGCGCACUUCGUGCACCCGGCCACGCGGCCCCCGCACAUGCUGGCCAGCCACCUGCGCUUCGACCGCGCAGAGCUCGAGCGCCUCAUGCCGCCGGACACCGUCUACGUCACCAUCCUGCGCGAGCCCGCCGCCAUGUUCGAGUCGCUUUUCAGCUACUACAACCAGUACUGCCCGGCCUUCCGGCGCGUGCCCAACGCGUCGCUCGAGGCCUUCCUGCGCGCGCCCGAGGCCUACUACCGUCCCGGUGAGCACUUCGCCAUGUUUGCGCACAACACGCUGGCCUACGACCUGGGAGGCGACAACGAGCGCAGCCCUCGCGACGACGCGGCCUACCUGGCGGGCCUCAUCCGCCAGGUGGAGGAGGUCUUCUCGCUCGUCAUGAUCGCCGAGUACUUCGACGAGUCGCUGGUCCUGCUGCGGCGCCUGCUGGCCUGGGACCUGGACGACGUGCUCUACGCCAAGCUCAACGCGCGCGCCGCCACCUCACGCCUGGCCACCAUCCCCGAGGCGCUGGCCCGGGCCGCGCGCGCCUGGAACGCGCUCGACGCGGGCCUCUACGACCACUUCAACGCCACCUUCUGGCGCCGCGUGGCGCGCGCUGGCCGCACAUGCGUCGAGCGCGAGGCGCGCGAGUUGCGGGAGGCCCGCCAGCGCCUGCUGCGCCGGUGCUUCGGCGACGAGCCGGUGCUGCGACCCGCCGCCCAGAUUCGCACCAAGCAGCUGCAGCCCUGGCAGCCCAGCCGCAAAGUGGACAUCAUGGGUUACGACCUGCCUGGCGGCCGCGGUGCCGACCCCACCACGGAGGCCUGCCUCAAGCUUGCUAUGCCUGAGGUGCAAUAUUCAAACUAUCUGUUGCGGAAGCAGAAGCGCCGAGGCGGUGUGCGAUGGAGGCCAGAACCGGUCCUGGAUAACCCUCCCCCUCGGCCCAUCCGAGCACUGCCCCGCAUCCCCCAGGCUACCUGAGUUCUGUCCGCCUCCUGUACUCAGGGCUUGCUCCAUUAGGGCCCUUUUAUUCUCCACGGGCUCGAGCCCUGUGUCCAAAUGAGGUGCAUCUAUCUGCAUCUGAGCCUGCCACCCCGGUGUUGCCUGAAGCCCACUUUCUGGGAUGGCAUUGAUGGGCCACCCGCUCCUCCUUCCCAACUGGUUGGUGACUUUGACAAGAGAUCCAAGGGCGUUUCAAUACUGCCCACCCUGCCUUUUUCUGGGGGCUGAGCCCCCACCUGUGUGAAGUGGAUGACCACACACCCCAGAGAGGGCCUGAGGCCUGGGAAAAUGGCCGUGCCUCCUGUCAGUACCUGAGCGUUUGUUCUUCCCAGGGCUGCAGAGGUCCCCUACUGUCUUCCAGGUUCUA